AUGCUUUUCCAGAAAUUUGCUCUAGUCUCCGCUCUUGCAGCUCUUGUUGCCACCCAGGAUAUCAGCCAAGACGAUAUUCCGCAACAAUGCAGGGCUGUUUGCGCAGAUAUUGUUUCAAUUGCCCAGCGCUGCGACAAUGAGAAUGAAACCGAUGCUGCUGAGCUCGCGUGUAUAUGCCGGGCUCCGAAUGCAAACACCCUCGUCCCUACAUGCGAAGCCUGCGUCGCUCAAUUCGACCGGGACGACGAUCAAGAUGAUAAUCCCAACGAUCGGAAUGAUGUCUUCGAAGUCUUGACCCGCUGCAACUUCACAACUACUGCACACAAUAGCGCUUCUGCUAGCUCCGUCCUCCAGUCCAUCGCCUCAUCUCUCGUGUCUGCAUCUGCAUCUGCGUCCGGCUCCGUUGCUGUGACUACCUCGGGUACUGUUGUCCUGACGACGCGGGUUCCAGCGUCAACGCAAGUGCCGCAGCAAACAGGAGCUGCUAUGCCUGCACAGACUGCUGGUGCCGCUAUUGGUCUCGGUGCGCUUGGUAUCGCCUUGGGCAUGUUGUGA